GGUCAUUGAUUAUAUAUGUAUAUAGUUUAGUGUUUAUAACCUUCUGUCACGUGUUCCUCUUAAGUUCCGUUAAGUUGAUUUCAGAAGAAAUUUCCAUUUAAGUUGAUUCUAAUUUUGAAAGAGAAAAAAUAAAGUCAACAUUUUUCUGACAAAUUGAAUGCUUGACGUAUUAAAAUGGAGAAACAUGAAGAAGUUACAGAAACAUCCCCUGAUGAUCCAUGUCCAAGUUUUUCAACAUCCAGUGGAUGCAAAAAAUCAGCACAAAAUGACACUCGUUUUGGAAAAAGACAAUUAUCUAUUCAACACAGUUUUCAAAACAAACGGAAAAAAUACGAUUUUAAUUUGCGAUUAAAAGAAGUCGAUGUUGGCAUCACAGAGUAUAUAAUUAAUCACGACGGAUUUUUAGGAACUAUUAAAGAAAGAUACAGUGAUUUUCAUGUUCAUGAAAUGUCACUUGAUGGUCAAAUUGCGACGCUUACUAAUCAAGAAAUUCCUCCUGAAUUAAAGGAAUUAGAAGACAUAGAACAAUUACGAAAUACUAUUCCACUAGUGGUUCAAAAUCAGAUUGAUUCUUUAUCUGAUAAAGAUUUAUCCGUUUCUACUAUUGAAAUUGAUGUCACUGACUGGGAUAAAGUGAAACGAAGAGCUGUUCAUGUUUUGGUUAAAAGUAUUCCAAAUGCUGUCAGUCAAACACUAACAAAAGAUGCAAGAAAAGUGAUUACAGUGUCAAAAAGCACCUACAAAAAAGAUGUACGAGUUGACUGGUCAAAGCGAGGUGGAGACUACUGUCACUUUCUUCUACAUAAAACAAAUUUAGAUACGAUAGAUGCAUUAAAUCGAAUAUCUUCUAAUUUAAGAAUGAAAGUAAACUGCUUUUCAUACGCCGGUACUAAAGAUCGUCGAGGGAAAACAACUCAAUGGGUCAGCAUAAAGAAAGUUGAUCCUAAUAAAAUUCUUCGAUCUGUAAGAUCUAUAAAAGGUUUAUUCGUGGGAAAUUUUAAAUUUGAAGCAUCACCAUUGAAGUUAGGAAUGUUGCUUGGAAAUCAGUUCACUAUUGUUCUAAGAAAUAUUGUGGACCCUGUUGAGAAAAUUCAAAUAGCUAUGCUUGCAUUGAAAGAUCAUGGUUUUAUUAAUUACUACGGUUUACAGAGAUUUGGCACUAUAGCAAACAUUCCUACUCACAAUAUUGGUAGAACUCUUUUACAAGGUAACUGGCAAGAAGCUAUAAAUUUAAUCUUAAAGCCUAGAGAUUCUGAGCGAGACAAAUGUCUAGCAGAAGCUAGACAAAUUUAUAAACAAACUGGAGAUGCAAUAGCAGCGUACAAUGUACUCAAUAGAACCGAUACAAUUGAAGCACAGAUUCUUUGUGCUUUGAAAUUACAUGGUAAUCAUGACAUCCAAGCAGUGUUAAAUGCUAUUCCUAAAAAUGUAAUCCUUAUGUAUCUUCAUGCAUAUCAAAGCUUUGUGUGGAAUAACGUAGUUUCAAGAAGAUUUAAAGAAUACGGUAGAAAUCCAAUUGCGGGUGAUUUAGUUUUCCAAAGUAGUAAUAAUCAAGAAAUUAAUGAGAUUACAUCUAUAAAUAAAUCUGAAUCACUCGAAUUGAAUUGUAAUGAAGAUAAUGAAUUGACAUGUAACUUACAGAAAGUUAAAAUUUUGAAGGAAGAAGAUUUAGCUAAUUAUAAAAUAGAGGAUAUUGUCAUGCCACAACCUGGCUGGAGGGUUACAUAUCCAACUUAUGCUGUUUCCUGGUAUGAGGAAUUUCUUCAUGAAGACGGACUUACAAAAGAUCUUAAACAAAAAAACAAAAAAUUUACUUUAGGAGGAUCCUAUAGAAAAAUUUUGCAAGUACCGCUGAAUUUGUCAUGGAAACUAUGUCAUUACAAUAAAAAAGAUGAAGAUUUAGUUAUCUCAGACAUUGAUCGAUUAAAGAAAGUAGAACAAACAAAAGAUGUGAUUGGUGGUAAAUUUAGUGCUUUAAUUGUGAAAAUGACACUUCCGCCUUCUACGUACGCGACAAUGGCAUUGCGUGAAGUUUUGAAACAUGACACUUCUACACAAUCGCAAGCUGAAUUAUCUGCAAAAUAUAAUGAAACAGAGAAUUUGUUAAAUGAAUCUGACAGUUAAUGGAAGAUUAGUUUUUAAAAUUCAUGUUUAUUUGUCAAUAAAAUAUUUGUAUGAAAAUUUUAUACAAAAUAAAAAUCUGUAUUAAAUCAUUUUUUUAUAACUGUACAAUAUAUGUGUUUCUUUAUCAA